CCAGAUAAUAAGGAGCAGUUGAACAAAAGUGUUGUAAAGGAAGUGCAUCUAGCAAGCAAGGAGAAAGAAGCAGCUUGGAAAUUUAAAAAAAUAAAUAAAUAAAUAAUCCGUAGAUGGCACCAAGGUUAUAGAGAAUUUAUGAAUUUCAUGAAUUAUGUACAUAGUUCACAGUCAUGGAUAUUGAUUGCUAAUUUUUUUGUGUGUGUGGUCAAACAGGUAAUGUCGAUACAAUCAACUGAGAAAUAUCCAAAAUAUCUUAAAGUAAUGGGUGAACAGAUAUAGAUAAUGGAUUCAUUCUUAAUAUAACUAAAAGCAAAAUAGAUAAAGUAAAAACAAUUGUGUUACCAGGCUAAAUAACUAUUAGUUAAAGGUAAUGAUGGUUUAUAAGCAUAUAGUAAUAAGUAAUAAUUACUAGUAAUGAAUGGCUGUAAUAACUACAUAGCUGUAGGUGAGAAAAGACAUUGAUAGCUAAGGUUAAUUUUACAUGUGUAAUAAAUACAUAAAUACUACAGUAUAAUACUACUAAGUAGUCCAUAAAUAGAGAGGGAUCUACACAUUGUGAAAAUAGCUAAGAGUAAUGGAUAUAGAUUAGCCAAAAAUAAUGUAGAUCAAAUAGUUAAUAUCUAUUUUUAGCUCUUGACCUAACUGUAGCCUUAAAAUUACCAAUGACAUGAUUUGAAUGUAAUCAUAGAAGUAAUACAACUAAGCAUAAAUAACUAUAAUUAAUUGAUAUAGUCUGUCUGAAAUACUUAACAACUCAUGGAUAAACUGAAAGUAAUGAAAUAAUUGUGAAAAAGUAUAAAAAGCUUGGAUACUGAAGCUUUUAUAUAAAUGAAAAACAGUUCAAAUAGUUACAAGUAAUGUAUAAAUAGUUAAAACAGCUAAAAAUAGAGGAUAGUGGUAGAUAAAAGUUCAGAUAACAGAUAAAAAUAGUUAAAAAUAUGCAUUUGAAGCUGUAGAUGAAAGUUAAAUGCUUGAAUUUGCUGAAACGUAUUUAUUAAAUAACAGAAAAACAAGCACAAUCUGGUGUGACGAGAAGAUUUUUCUUCAUUUACUUCAACUGGUUUAGUUUGAAAGCAGAUUCCGAUGGUGUUCUGUCUUUCAUCGUCGAGCUUGACCUUUCUUGGCUCCAGCUUCCUGCUACGUUUGCAGACAGACGUGCCAGCAGAUACAGGAACGGAGAUGUCACCAGUAAGAGUACUUCAGACUGCUGCCUCUAGGUGGCACUAUGUUAAAAUGUAAUAAUGUUACACAGACCAAACAGCAGACUGAAAGUGUAAUUUGUAAAAAAAAAAUAUAUAUAUAUGUGUGUGUGUGUGUGUGUGUAGCACCCAUGAGCUAACAUGUUAUUUGAGCAAAUAAAAGCAUGAGAGAACUGAAUUCCUUUUAGACAAAUGAGGGUAUUGUAGGAAUACCCACACCAACAGUUUAUUCUCAUCAGUCACCGGGGUAUUUACUGAAACCCGCAAUUUACACCGGUCGAAAUAUGAGUAUUACUUUCACUCUUUUUCUUGCUUGAGAACUUAGAGAAGUGAGGCAUUUUACUGAAGGGUGAAUAGAAUAAGCAGGUAUGCAGGGCAGCGUAUUUGGCAGAUUUUCAAACAACGAAUUACAGAAGAUAAUGCCUUCAGGCCACAAAAAAACAAAACAAAAUAUAACAGUAUAUCAGUUUGUUUCUAUUUCACGUUCUGGUCUAAAUACAGGGCUUUUCUAGGGUAGGUCAGCAUUGAGCCAAAAUGACAGAUACUCAACUUCACACACACACACACACACACACACGCAACUUGACUGCCAAGGAACCUCUUCAGCUUCAUCUAUGAGAUAAAACAGAGCUGAAUAGGCUAGUAAGGUUGCCAAUAGAAAAGAGGCAAGGGGGAGAGAGAGAGAGAGAGAGAGGGUGAGGGACAGGGGGAGGGAGAAUGGCUGAUGAUAAAACUCCACAGUGAGCUCUCCUGUAAGCUCAGUCAGAGAGCAGCUGAGACCAGAAGGGCAGGGAGUGCGGCGGAGCAGGCGAAAAGAGACCUACCAGGCACUAAAUCUCUUGGACUUGUUGGGACAGACAGUAGGCAGCAGCUGAGCUGUGUCAGACGGAGGCAGAGGAGCGCACUGCUACCUGUAGAGCUUCACGUUGUUGUGAGGAGUUUGUGCUUCAGGGGGGUGAGAAGAAAAGCCCAAGAUCAGCACUGGACCUCAUCCAUCUCCUCCUGAGCUCUGUCGCCUCUGCAUCCCUGUGGGUGCACGGCGUCCCGGCGGAACAGACUGAUCUCGACGCCGGCCCUGAAACUUCUGUGGAUCUAGCAGCUUUUUUUUUCGACACCACUGUGCCGGAGUCUGGAUCCACUGCUCAGUGUGAGAAACAGCAGGAGAGAGCAAGGGGAAAAGAGAACAUUGCCAUCCAUCUCUGGCUCCCAGCAGCCCUCCCUCAGCUUCUCGGACGCCCCUCCUCUCUGCCUCUUCCUUUGCCCCCUGCACACCCACCCCGCCCCACCUCGACCCCCUCCAACACUUCACCCCCCAACAGAGCAGAAAGCGUGAAAAAUCUCACUAAUGGGUUUAUUUGCUGUCAGAUCCGCGCCGAUCUGUCAUUCCCUUGGACCAUUCUGCUUGACACAUUUCAUAGUUGAGUAAGCCUCCUGGCUUUCUGGCUAGACUUAACAGUGCCCCCGCAACGUUGUUCUGGCUGAGAGCUCAUCAAGAGAGGAGCAGCGGCGGCAGCAGUCGGUCUGACAGCCUCUUGGACAGGGAGUCCCUGAAGCCUGCAUUAUUCUGGUCUCCUUCUCCCCUUUGGGACUGCGUGUUUGUGAGCCUCGUGGGCAUCCUCGGCUUCUGCCUGAAGGCGUCCUUGCGCUGACCCAAAGAGCGUGAAGAUGUGGUGCGGCGCUGGGCCUCUGGCCGUGGUGGCUGCUGUGUUUUGGACUCAGUGUGUUCUUCUAGAUGGGGUGGAUGCCAAGAAGGAGAGAAAGAGGCUAAAGGAAGCCACUCCACAACACACAGAGGCGUACAACGCAACCCUGUCCAACAGCGAGGAGGUCGGAGGCAGCACCAAGGCAAUUUCUGAUCACCAGAGGGUGGACCCACUAGGUUCAUGGAUGGACUUUGUCAAAAGACCUGUUGGAAACUUUCCUGGAAAAUGUCGCAAACGCAAACGACCCCUGCCAGGUCCACCUGGUCCUCCAGGUCCACCUGGCCCCCAGGGACCUCCUGGCUUUCCUGGGGCUGAAGUGACCCAGGAAGUCCUUCUCCAGGAGUUCAAGGAGAUGAUUAAAGAGGCUACAGAGAGGAGAGCAGCAGCACUGGACAGACAGACCAGCCCCAGCCAGCUACCGACAGCCCUCCUCACCCUGGAGGGGAUGACCUCCUACCGCCGAAUAGAAGAGGCUUUCCACUGCAAGCUCAAGGGACCUGUGGUGGUCGACAAGAAGACUCUGGUGGAGCUCCAGAACUUCCAGACACCGCCCGCUAAAGGAGCUUUUCUUAGAGGGUCGGGAAUGGACCAGUCCACUGGGAGGUUCACAGCUCCCAUCACCGGGAUCUACCAGUUCUCCGCUAAUGUCCACAUUGAUCACAACGAGGUGAAGAGGAGCAAGAGUCAGCUUAAGGCCAGGGAUAACGUUCGGGUGUUGAUCUGCAUUGAAUCACUCUGCCACAGAUACACUUCACUUGAGAUGAUUGUUGGAUUAGAAAGUAACAGCAAGAUAUUCACCGUCAGUGUUCAAGGUCUGCUGGAGCUACAGGCUGGGCAGUACACCUCCAUAUUUGUGGACAACGCAGCUGGCGCUUCCAUAACAAUACAGAAUGGCUCAGAUUUCAUGGGCAUGCUGCUUGGCGUAUAGCCUCACACCUGAGCAGGGUGUCCUCCGAGCCGUCCACUGCUGCCAUUUUCAUUUUGCGUCUUUCAAGGGACUGCUUCUGAGCACUGUCACACAGGACCGAACCACAGGAGAGGUUUGAAGUAGGUAAAGGAAGUAAGACUGACACUGACCUGACUCCUAGUCAGAUGGUGAAAGGACAGCGUGAAGAACUCAAGGACUGAGUUUGUUUUUCACAGUGCACUGCCACUUCCCCCAGGAACUUGGAUGCAUGUUGCUUCACCAAUAAAAUAACCUGAAAACAAAACAAAGAAUAUGUUUGUUACAGUAUAUUUUUCAUGGUUGUUGAAGACCUUUGCAGUAAUCCAAGCAAUUGUUUUUUAAAGUUCUAGGGAACAUGAAAUAGUACAUUGGUGUGUUUAAUGUAUAUUGACAUGUCAUUGUUUUUGUCUGACUAUAUCGAUUGUGUACACUCUCUUGAACUAUUAUUUUAUGGAUUAAAAUUCACAUUUAUGGUACAUAGACUCUGUGAGUACACUGGACAGUUGAAAUACAGGCAGAAUGUCCCAUUUACGUAAAUACACAGUUUGUAACAUAUUAUUAUCUGUGGCCCUCAAAUAAAGUGUUAUAUCCCUUGCAAACCCUUAUAUUUAAAGUCUUAGAAUUUUAAUUUGUCCAAUACUCUGGUUAGUGACUAAAUACCUCAGCUGUACUUUGCCUUUUAAAGCUAAUUAGCAAAUGCUAAUUCAUACACAAAAUGCUUGACAUUCUAGUGGUAACGUCAGUGCUAAAGGGGUGUAUCUACACACAGGAAGAUACAAGCAGCAAUCUGUCAACGUGAGACCAUGAAUGUUAAUGAAAUUCAGCAGAUUGUAGCGACAAUAGGAGAAGAAACUGUUGGUGACACAAAGUGGCCAAGUACCAAGCUAAAAAUCAUCUUACCUUUGAGGUGACACUAUUGGCUGAAUGGGAGUAUCCGAUACAGUUGACACAAGUGCAGAAUUCCCCAAAUGUUUAUCACAAAGAAACAUGUGACAUGACUUUAGUCAGAUUAGCAAAUUAUAUGGUAACCAUAGCGGAUUUAGAGUAAACUCAGAUGGAUUUGGCAGUAUUUUCAAGUAGAACUCUUGAUCCAUAAUGACAUGUACGGAUCAGUGAACUAAAACAAAAAUUGAUGAAUUGUCACUAUUUCAGCCAGGCCAGCCCCACACUAGCAAUAUGUUUGUGUUGUGCUAGACCCUAGAACAUCUGCACGUGACCAACUGUCUUAUUACAAAAUAAUGGACGAUGAGUGAAACACCAUAUGUGGAAGGGCUCUCGUCCUGAGAACACUGUUGCUAGGCAACUUUUGUUGCCUAAAGGCCAUUAUCAGUUUACCAAAAUAAUGACUGACUAGCUUAAAGAAAAUAAUGCAAAGCCAUAACAAAAGGAUGAGACCAUAUGGCUGGACAUAGCAACAUAAAAUGACUAAAUUACAACAAUUACAAUAUAUUUACUUAACAUUCAUCUCUCUAUAUUUGGCAAAAUGAAAGGAUUAUCUUAUCCUAUUAUCUUACAGUAAAUGAGAACCCUUCCUGUUAUCUUGUUUGAAGAGAAGGCAUAUCUCUGGCCUCUGCUUCUUUGCCUAAAAAAUAUCUAAAACACUAGACAUCAAUGGUCCUGUGUCAUUACAUUGUAAUCUUGAGCAUGUCUAUCCAACAAUGUGACUCCAUCACUUUUAUUAGGUUCAGACAAAUCCUCAUUUUUUUAUUUUUAUUUUUUUUGUAUUGAAAGGCUUUUUGCUCUUCUGUGUCUUCUUUAGUUAAUGUUGGCAAUUUAUGAAACAACAGAUGUCACUGGAAAGCAUUGGUGUUUGAGAUGUAACCACAGUUUAUGGCAACAUCUGUGAAUCAGCACAGAUAAAAAUUAUAUCUUUCCUAUAUUUUAUUACUGUAUGCUGUAAUUUGAAAAUAAACAUGUCUCUAUUUGGUCUUUGCAUGUAA